CAGGAGGCAGGAAGGAACCCAAAAUUAACCAAAGAAAGAAAAAAAGGGUAAAGGUUGCUUCUGCUGUGUUGGUUGGUUCAUCGACGUUGGACAACCUUUUGGAAAUUGUCAUUGGGCAGUGCAGGGAGAGGGAGGGAUGCCUGUAAAGAGAGAACCCUGCAAAUUUUUUCAGCGCGGCAACUGUCAGUAUGGAGAUAGGUGCAAAUAUCUUCAUGUGGUUCAGCAACAGCACAAGUCCAAUCCCUUUGGAUUUGGCUCCGACCAACAGCACAAGUCCAAUCUCUUUGGAUUUGGCUCCGACCAACAGGGAAAGUCCAACCCUUAUGGUUUUGGGGUUCAAAACAAUUCUCAGACAAAAGGGGCUGCUGAUUUUGGUCCCAAACAGAGCCAGAAUAAGCCUUUUGAAAACAAGUGGUCUCGUUUCUCCUCUGCAACUGCAGCUGCUGCCCCAUCAUCACAGAAAUCUGAUAAGCAGGCCCAGACAACAAAUCAUACGUGCACAGAUCCCGAGUCAUGCAGAAGUAUAAUUGUUGGCGAUUUUAAGCAUGAGAGACCACUUUGGAAGCUUACAUGCUAUGGUCACUGGAAAAAUUCUCCUUGUGACAUUGCUGGUGAUAUUAGUUACGAAGAAUUGAGGGCAGCAGCAUACGAUGAUGCCAACCGCGGGUUGAAUUUGCAGUCAAUAGUUGAAAGAGAGAGAAGUUUACUCAAUACCAAGUUGCUUGAGUUUGAGAAUCUUUGCAAGCCUCACACAGCUUUACCAAACUCUACCCUUGCCAGCCAAAACCCUUCGCCAUCAGCUAGUCCAAAUGGAUUCUUGCAGACUGCUCAAAAUAGUGUUGCUCCUUCAGUCUCAAGCUUUACCCAAUUGGGCACAUCCCUGAACACGGGUUUUGGACCAAGGCCAUCUGCACCAUCAAAUAAUGGUUUUCAACAGCUGAAUCCUUUUCCUAAUUCUUCCCAGACUCCGAGUGGUGUGGGAACAAACAAUUUUCCUUCUGGAAGUGUUGUUGGCAGCCAAUUCCCUGCCUCUACACAUGGAAAUGGUUUUCCCUCAAAUAUGGGACUCAUCAACACUGGCAUCAUAAGACCUCAAACCAACCCAUUUGCUACUUUAGCAGUGUCACAAAUUCCUAGUGCAACAACUGGCCAGUCACCCAUUGUUGGACAAUCAACAACAGAAGUUGAGUUCGUAACUAACAUGCAAACGGAGAAGAUUUCCGGGAAUACAAGUAUUUGGCUGAAAAAGAUAUGGAGUCCUGGAGAGAUUCCCGAAGAAGAUCCACCAGAGGCACUGGUUGAGUUGUAAGUUGUGGCUAGGAGCAGUACAAGCAUAGCGGCUACUCAUGUCACUUACUAGUGAAGAAAACUAAACUGUGCAUCUGUUUUGAUGCUGAGAAAAUGUAGAGAGACUGAAGAUUUCAAUACAUUGAUUAAAUGAUAAUUACAAGAAGCACAGCUUGUCACACUAACAUAAGCAACUAAUUGUAUUAACAGAAGCUAUCAACAAGUGAGGUUUGUCAACGAGUCUGUUUCUUGUAUGGCUAAAGUUUUGCUGUGCUAAGGCU